AUGAUGACGAUAUUUAGAGGGAGGGAGCGCAGGGCGUUGGCGAUACGCAGGAAUAUGGUGGCCCGCAGGUUUACCCGCUGUGCGGAUCAAGACAACAUAACGCACUUCAAAGUGGUCAGGAAAACCAUGAGGUACCGUCGUUAUAAACUCAUCAUUGCCCAGGCUCUGUUGUAUUUAUACAUGUUGGCUUUUGGCAUAUUUGCAAUACUUUGGAUAGGUGUCAUGAUUUAUGUUGCACGUUAUAUAAGAGAUUUGAAACCGGAGAGGUAUAUCCCUCAGAGUGACGUCAUUGCAAGGGACAUAGAGAUUCGCUUAGCGGAGGCUCUGAAGGUGGAUAAUGGCACAGGAUGUCAGAUACCAAAACUGGAUCCAUUUUCGCCUGAGAUAAUGAUCUAUGAUAAGAAUCUGCCCCAUAUCGUGUGCAAAAAACUGGCUUGGGUCAGAUGUCACCUAUUCAAAUGUAAAGUCACGCCAAAGAUAUUUAAAGAAGUAACGAACAUAGAAUGUUUUUACCACGACAUCAUCUAUGUAGACGACCUCCACUUCAUAGUUAAUAGACAGUGGACUCAAGUUAUCGGAAACGGUGUUUAUUUCCUCAAAGAGUCAGAUCAUAUUAUGGCCGAUUGUUUCGGAGUGUUUAAAAAUGUAAAUAUUUCAUGGCGAGGUGUGGCAGCGGGAUUCCGAUCGGAGGUCGAAAUUCCCCCGCCGGUGCCGUUGGAAAGAGACCACACCAUCAACGUCUUAAUUUUUGGCUUUGACUCUGCCUCCAGAAACGGCUUCAUCAGAAAAAUGCCUAAUAGUUAUAACUUUUUGAAGUUGGGCUUGAAUGCUACUAUUUUAACCGG